AUGACCGACGACACACCCAACCUCGACCUCGAGACCCCCAUCUCCGACGUCUUCGUCCCGCCCUCCAUCCACCGCGACGCUCUGCUGGGCGGGGAGUCUUACGAGCACUACUCACCGGUGCCCGCCGCCCUUCUCCCGCCAUCUUCCCCCGACUCUUCUUCAACGUCACCCUCAUCGCCACAAACCCUCGGACCCGAAUGCUGCCUCGGCGUCGACGAAGCCGGCCGCGGCCCCGUCCUGGGCCCCAUGGUCUACGGCGUCUUCUACCUGCCCCUGCCGCUCUCGGACCCCCUGCUCAAGGCCGCCCACCACUUCGACGACUCCAAGGUGCUCACGCCGGCGGUGCGGUCGGACCUGAUGCAGGCGCUCUGCACCGCCGGGUCGGACCUGCACGCGUCGUGCGGCUGGGCGACGCACAGCCUGUCGGCGCGGGACAUCGGGGCCAACAUGAUGCGGCCGGCGGCGGCGUACAACCUGAACGCCCAGGCGAUGGACGCGACCGUGUCCCUGAUCAAGGGGGUCCUGGCGCGCGGGGUCAACGUCCGGGAGAUCUACGUGGACACCAUCGGCCAGCCGGCGGCGUACCAGAAGAGGCUGGAGCGCGUGUUCCCCACGACCAAGAUCACCGUCGCCAAGAAGGCCGACAGCCUGUACCCGUGCGUGUCGGCCGCGUCCGUCUGCGCCAAGGUCACGAGGGACGCGGCCCUCGAGGCGACGCAGAAGCCCCAGGACGGGGGCAUGGCUUGGGGCUCUGGGUAUCCUUCAGAUGGCCGCUGCGUCGGUUGGAUGCGGUCAAACAUGCAUCCCGUCUUUGGCUGGGGUCCCGAGUGCAGGUUUAGCUGGGGCACGGCAAAGGACAUGCUGGAUGCCAAGGGCGGAGUAAAGAUCGAUUGGCCGCUGGAUGAGGAAGAGGGCACGAGCCGAGUGACGGAUUUCUUUUUGGAUAGCGGUGCGAAAGAGAAGGACGCAGACGAGCUUGGGACGUGGUUUGGGACGCCUGCUGGCCUGGAAGCCUUCUAA